UUUUUUUUCUCCUUUUAAUUUAAUUUUUUUUUACUGUAUUUCUUUCUAAUUUCGCGAUUUAGAAAUAAAGGGGUUUAUGGAUUUUGGGAACCAUGGGAACCCAAAUGUGCAAAUGAGCAACUCCAUCCUCAAUCCAAAAGAUAAGAAAAUUCUCCACUGCUGAUGCAGAGCAGGUAGCAGAUUGAAACAGUUCAUGCUGCAUUGGUAUAAUUUUCCCAAAAUAAUAAUUUCAACUGCGCUUUGAAGAUCUGCGACUCAUAAGUCCAACCAUGAAUAUAUGCAAGAACCUCAUGCCCACCAUGAGGCAAUUGGAUGGUUUCACAAAGUAUUGUCGAGCAUCAUAUUUUGCCUUCAUACAUUCGUCCCCAAACUUCUCAGUAGAAGUUCAUACUCCAAAUCAGGAAGUAGUGAUUGCUUUAGGAAGCAAUGUGGGUGACAGACUGCAUAAUUUCAAUGAAGCUUUGCAGUUAAUGAGAAAAUCAGGCAUACACAUCACAAGACAUGGUUGUUUAUAUGAGACAGCACCAGCCUAUGUGACUGAUCAGCCUAAUUUUCUCAACUCUGCUGUUAGAGCUGUUACACAACUUGGGCCUCAUGAGUUAUUAGGAGCACUGAAGAAAAUUGAAAAAGAAAUGGGUCGUACUGACGGUAUAAGGUAUGGUCCCAGGCCAAUUGACUUGGAUAUAUUGUUCUAUGGAAAGUUAAGAGUCAGUUCUGAGAUUCUUACAGUCCCCCAUGAAAGAAUUUGGGAAAGACCGUUUGUAAUAGCCCCACUAAUGGAUUUACUGGGGUCAACUAUUGACAGUGAUACAGUUGCUUGUUGGCAUUCUUUCUCAAUGCAUUCUGGUGGGCUUUUUGAUGCCUGGGAGAAAUUGGGUGGUGAAACACUCACUGGAAAGGAAGGCCUGAAGAGGGUUUUGCCCAUUGGAAAAGGCUUGUGGGACUGGUCAACUAAAACUUCAGUCAUGGGUAUCCUUAAUCUGACCCCAGAUAGUUUUAGCGAUGGAGGAAAGUUUCAGUCUGUGGAGGCAGCAAUUUCUCAAGUUCGCUCAAUGAUUUCAGAAGGGGCAGAUAUGAUUGAUAUUGGUGCACAGUCAACGAGGCCAAUGGCUUCUAGGAUUUCAGUUCAACAAGAAUUGGAUAGACUAAUCCCUGUUUUAGAGGCAGUUGUUGGGAUGCCUGAAGCAGAGGGAAAGAUUAUAUCUGUGGAUACAUUUUAUUCAGAAGUUGCUGCAGAAGCAGUAAGCAAAGGGGCACAUAUUGUGAAUGAUGUAUCUGCUGGGCUGUUGGACUCUAACAUGUUGAGGGUUGUUGCAGGCCUUAAGGUUCCCUACAUAGCAAUGCACAUGAGGGGGGAUCCAUCUACGAUGCAGAAUAGUGAGAACCUGAAAUAUGAUAAUGUUUGUAAGCAGGUUGCUUCUGAGUUAUACUCGAGGGUGAGAGAAGCAGAAUUAAUAGGCAUCCCAGCUUGGAGGAUGAUAAUUGACCCUGGAAUUGGAUUUUCAAAGAACUGUGAUCACAAUUUGGACAUCUUGAUGGGAUUACCAAAUAUUCAAGCAGAGAUUGGGAGCGAAAGUUUGGCCAUGUCUCAUGCACCUAUACUGAUUGGACCUUCCAGAAAGAAAUUUUUAGGUGAAAUUUGUAGUCGCACCGCUGGAACUGAGAGAGAUCCUGCUACUGUUGCUUCUGUCACUGCUGCAGUUCUGGGCGGAGCAAAUAUUGUAAGAGUACAUAAUGUAAGAGAUAACGUAGAUGCUGUAAAGGUAUGCGAUGCAAUGCUGAGACACAGGAAAUCUGUUUUUCCAAGUUAAAUUUUUUAUUUAUCAUAAUUUAGUUCUUCAACAAAACAUGCUGGUGGUAUUCUUUUCUACGGUUUUUUGUUUCAAGAUUACAGUUGAUAUACCAGGAGACUGCGACAUGGAAAUAGAACCAUAAGCCAUGCUACAAGGUCUUCAAUAAUUAACAAAUUUUUUUUUAUGCAAUAUCAUUUUGUUGAUCAAUCCCUCCCAGAAUUUGUGUACCUUACAUACAUAUUUCUUUCUCAUAAAAGCUGUAGAAAUUAAACUUUUGGUGUGGGAUUUGUAUUUCCUUUUGCUGAAAAGGAAAUUGAAAGAAGUACUCAAUUUCUCCUUGCCCUGCA